UUAAUCUGCUUUUUUUAUUUUUUAUUCUCAUAUAGACCUAUUAUUUACUUAUUGUAAAACAGUAAAAUGCGAACAGAGAUGCGUUUAAGUUUAACACACUCGGAUGAAUCCUGCAACUCUGACCUAGACCUCAGACUUUGAGCAAGACAAGGACGAUGGACAUUUUUGAAACCACAUCUGCGCACCUACAGUCUGGAAGUUAGCCUGAAAGAGAAAGGGAAAAAAAAAAAAAGAACAAAGAAAGUCGCCCUUUCCUCUGCAGAAUCAUGCAAAGCAACAGCAGCGCAUCCGGACCCCUGACCGCUCUGAGCGUCUGCGGAGGAGAAGAGAACGAACGCGAAAUCUUCAAACUUGUCAGCCCAACAGGAGCAGCCUCCAACCUCGGAGCUUUUAACCUUUCACUUAACUGCUGGCUUCACAUCCUCUCCAAGGAGUCCUCUCUGGACCUGCAUGGAGACAGCGCAAACCUGGCAGUGCGAGUUCUCAUCGCGCUGAUCUACCUGGUGGUUUGCGUUCUGGGGCUUGUGGGUAACCUCCUGGCACUCUUCCUGCUCCACUCCCGCCGCCGGGGCCACCACCACUCUUCUGUCGACUGCUUUGUGAUGAGCCUGGCACUGACAGACCUCCAGUUUGUCCUGACUUUGCCCUUCUGGGCCGUGGACACGGUGAUGGAUUUCCGCUGGCCCUUUGGCUGGGUCAUGUGUAAGAUCGUGAGCUCGGUCACCACCCUGAACAUGUAUGCCAGCGUCUUCUUCCUCACCGCCAUGAGCGUGACCCGGUACCGCUCCUUGGUUACCUCUCUGAAGAUGGAGAGCCCUAGGAUCGCCACUGCUCGUGCAAAAUGGGCCAGUUUAGCCAUUUGGGUAGUGUCACUGGUGGCUACGCUGCCCCAUGCUUUCUACUCCACCACAGUGCAGGUGUCUACAGACGAUGAGUUGUGCUUAGUGCGGUUCUCUGACUCCGAUUCCGACCACUGGGAUCCUCAAGUCCUGCUUGGACUCUAUCAAACACAGAAAGUCCUCCUGGGAUUUGUAGUUCCCCUGAUUGUGAUCUCUGUGUGCUACCUCCUCCUCCUGAGGUUCAUUCUGAGCCGGCGCAUCGUGGGCAGCAUGGUCAGCAGCAGUGUCACAGAGAGGUCAGAGUCUGAGAGAGGACGCCACCGCCGCCGCUCCAAAGUCACCCGCUCCGUCACCAUCGUGGUUCUGUCGUUCUUCAUCUGCUGGCUGCCCAACCAGGCUCUGACCCUCUGGGGAGUGCUGAUCAAAUUUGACUUGGUACCCUUCAGUAAAGCCUUCUACAACGCUCAGGCCUAUGCCUUCCCCCUGACUGUGUGUUUAGCUCAUGCAAACAGCUGUCUCAACCCGGUGCUCUACUGCCUGAUCCGAAAAGAAUACAGAGCUGGACUGAAGGCGCUUCUCUUGAGAGUGUCUCACUCCGUCCAAAAUGUUCUCACUCUGGCUCUGCGAGGGAGGAGAGUGCAGGAAGCACCAGCCAGCCUGGUCAUGAUAAACAAAGACAUCAAUAUGUGAUUUACCCUGUAAAAGGAAAAGUUUGACAUU